AUGGCUGAAAGUGUUAUCUAUGAAGAUACUCCGUUUGCCGAUUAUCUUGCCGAAAUCGGUAGCAAAGAAGAGUUAGAAAAGCAACCCGAAUUAUUUGAACUUGAAAGGCAGUUUUCACAACACAGCGAUGUUCAAAUGACUUUUUUCACUGAAUUUACAUAUAAUAUUAUCGAAUAUCUCAAGGAAGCUUUCUCAACGGCUCUUCCGAUACAGGAAGAAAACCAGUUCGAAGAACGCUUUAAAUAUUUAUUAUGCACAUCACACCUUUUAAAUGAUACAUUGUCAAUUUACUUCUAUGACAGUAAAAAACCCAGCAUAGUAGAACUUAGAGAAGCUGGUUUAUAUGCCGGUGGACUUUCGCGAAGAAAUUUUGAAGUUCUUUUCAGUGCGGUAAUUGGAUUAACAAUUGUAUUCUUGACAUGGUUAAUACAUGAUGUAGAAGCCAAAGAUUUAAAAACAACAAUGAUUCGAUUACCUGCUGCAUUCCUAUUGGCUAUGUUUGCUUCCUUUUUCUUAUAUCGUCGUAUGCGACGAAAAGCUGUCAAGACAUUAUAUACCUCCGCAUUACAUUAUAUGGAAGCACUUGUGUAUAAUUGUCAAACUCUCGAUUUAAAAGUGAAUAAAGCGUUGAUUAUGAUUCAAGAGAUUGAGUUGGUGUCUCGUGGUUAUAGAUUAUCAAUGCCAUUGUCUCCGAUAUCUCGUAUAGAACAAAAUUCUAAAAAUCGACGUUGUCUUGCGCUUCGGGAGACUGUAUAUAACACUCUUCAAGAAGCUUUUUUAACUUAUCGUAACGCUAUAAUAGUCAUGCAGCCAGAAAUCUCAAAACAUAAUUUGAAUAUUAUGUAUAACAUGUAUAAUAUAAUUCCAAGUAAUGAGGAUGAUGAAUGGAUUAUGGAGGAAGAAAAUGAUAUGCAUUCUUUGGAGAAUUUGAAAUUGUGUUUUCAGAAAAUGCAUGCGAAACGUAGGGAAUGUCUUUGUCAUUUCCUUGCAUUAGAUGUAAUGACACCGGGAAGAGAUUCCCAUCGAAGAGAUUAUGAAAGUCAUUGGGCGGCAGUUAAUAAUCACUUAAAUAAUUUGAGCAUAGUUACCGGGCUUUUCUUGGAAAGAGUUAUUGUUGCUUCUGCUAGUGAAUUAUAUUCCAUACCGUCACCUAAGCAAGAUUUUAUGUCCCAACCAUCUCCCGCAAUUAUCACUAAUAAAACACUCAAGUCUUAUCUUCAUCGUCUUGCAUGUGUAGAACAACAUAUUCGUGGUGUUCAAGCCAAAUUAUACAUUUGUAAUGAAGAUGCUCGCAAAUUUUAUGAAGCUAACGACACGGCAGAAGUAAAUGAAAAGGAACGCCUAUUGAAUCAAUAUGAAUCCAUAAGCAAAGAUUUUAAGUAUAUGUUUCAAGAAUGGGAAGAAGGAAAGAAAGUGUUGAAGGAGAUGAUGGAACCAAUACCGACAGAUUCUGAUUCUCUUGGGUCACGACAGUCUCUAAUUGAAGAUCUUGAACCUUCAAGAGAUUCGAAUGAAGACGUGGGACAUAAGUCUGAAACGCCUCUCAUUGAUUGGACACAAGCCGAUGAACCAUUAGACGUACCAGCACAAGUAUUUGAAGCAGAGUCUGAACCAGAAGUCAUAAAAAAGAUAUUAACGAGAGAAGAAAGGAUCGCAAUUCAAAAAUCCAAGAGAUCACAAGAGUCAAAGGUAAGAUCCGCACGUCAAGACACCGAACGUAUGGUACAUGAAUUGAAAGAUGUAUUAGUACGGCGGAAGCCUAGAAAUUAUCAAAGCGAGGCGCUAAUUUCUCUAGAAGAUUCCGAGCGAAUACAUUUGCACGGUUCUCGUGUUGCUAUUUAA